AUUGAUAUCAAAAUAGUAAACAAUAAUAAUUGACUUGCAAACGUAAUAUUUUUGGAAAUAUGAAUAUAAUUAAUUUUUACUUGUAAAUAUAUAAUACAAUAUUAUGUUUGUUACAAUAUUAUAUGUUGAAGUUGAGUGAGGUAGUGUCUUAUUUAAAUUUGUUCAUUCCACGGAAUGGAUCCUGUCUUCUGAAUGGACACUUUUAAUUGGUAUUUGGAAAGAACAUCAACAUUGCAACAAAUCAAACCUGUAGGUUUAUACGAUCUUUCAAAUUUACAGUUGAGAUUUUUGUGCCCACAAGAUAUCAAUGAAGUGAACGCUUUGUGUGUAGAUUGUUUUCCCGUGGAAUACCCUAGGUCAUGGUAUGAAGACAUUACAUCAAAUCCAAAGUUUUAUUCUUUAGCUGCUAUACAUAAAUCUGCUAUUGUGGGUAUUAUAGUAGCUGAAAUCAAAUUAUAUAUAAAAUUAACUCCCAAGGAAAGAGAAGUAGUUUCACCCUCUGCAGGAAAAUUUACUCAAGUUGGAUAUAUCUUGAGUUUAGGUGUUACUAAAGCAUAUAGACGAAACGGCAUAGCAUCAUUGUUGUUAGAUAAUCUUGUAUCACAUUUGACUUCUGUAGAAUCUAAAAACUGUAAGGCAAUUUUUUUACAUGUACUUUCUAGCAACUCAUCUGCAAUUGCCUUUUAUGAGAGAAAGAGUUUCAGGUUACAUUCAUUCCAUCCUUAUUAUUAUAUGAUUAAUGGAAUUAACAAAGAUGGGUUUGCAUAUGUGCUAUACAUAAAUGGUGGACACCAACAAUGGAUGAUCUUUGAUAUAUUGAAGUAUAUUUAUUCUACCGUUUGUGAAUUGGGUGUUGUCAGAUGGACAAUUAGCAAAGCUCGAAAAGCCGCUAGACGUUUUUGGCCAAGAAUUAGGCGAAUUGCUUCACAGAAUACCAGUACUAUUAUGAUUGACUGUAGCUGAGAUAUAUUAAUGUGAAUAAUACAUGAAUAUUCCAAAUUCCAUCUGCCUACAGUUGAUGUAUAAAGUAUACAUUUAAUUUUUAAGGUUACUCUAUUAUAACCACACCGUUUGUCUUCUUAUUAUUUAUUAAAUACUGUUAUAGUUACGGGAAUUUUAUACACUAAGUUGUUCAUAUUCAACAAAGUAAAUAUCUUUAUACGAAUAUAUUUUUUAAGUUCAUUUAAUAACUAUCGGACAAAGAAUGGAACAUAAUGUUUUUAGAGCUAAUAAUUUAUUUACUUAUAUUUACUGAAUAACUUCAGAGCUAUUGCAGUUGAUCAUUUUUGAUACAGCAAUAAUAAUUUAAAAAAAAAUAUGUGUGCCUAUAUAUUUAAAAUAUUUUAUAUUGAAUUUUUCUACUAUAGUACUUGUGUCAAAACUAUUAUUUAACUACCUCUCAGAAUUUCAUAAAAUAUUUAUUCUUCAUUUUGUAUUCUUAACAGUUAUUUAUUCUCCUUUUUUUUGUUUUAAGUCAUUACAAAUUUGUUAAGUGAUUUUUUAUUAAUUAUUUUUACAAUUCUUAAAAAAGAACGUGUUCCUUUUUAAAAAUUUCUAGUCACUUCAUUUAAAUGAUGCCUAAGAUACAAUACAAAUGUACCUUUUUAUUAGUUCUAUGUUUACCGACAAUCAUAUUUUUUCUGUUAUUAUAUUUUAUUAGUUUUCAAAAAUGAAUUGUUUAAAAUAAACUGAUUUUUAUUGACUAUUAUAUAUUUAUUUUUAGUUAUUAUUUUAAAUACAUUCAUGUAUUGGUUUUUUUUAAAUUAUUUUUUUGUUAUUUUACUUUAUAGUUUAAUCUUUAAAGUAAAUAAAUCCUGUUUUGUUAGAACAUUAGAACAAGGAUAAAGAUCUAUUUAUUUUUUACACGCUUAUUUUAUUGUUUUGCUGUUAUGUUGUAUUGUAUUGUUAUUUUUAUAUUGUAUUCAUCUAACGUAU